AUGGGCAUCAACAUCGCCAAAAAGGGGCGGCGCAUCGCCCUUGGCUGCGAAGGCUCAGCCAACAAGCUCGGCAUCGGCGUCAUUCUCCAUGAAGGGGACCCAACCUCACCAAACGCCACCUCUACCGUUCUCUCCAACGUCCGCGACACCUUCGUCUCCCCGCCAGGCACCGGCUUCUUACCCAAAGACACAGCACGACACCACCGAUCCUUCUUCGUGCGCGUGGCCAAGCAAGCCCUCUCCGACGCUGGCGUGACCGUCGCCGACAUCGAUUGCAUCUGCUACACCAAGGGCCCCGGGAUGGGCGCGCCGCUGGCAUCAGUCGCCGUGGCGGCUCGAACGCUCGCGCUGCUUUGGGGCAAGGAGUUGGUCGGGGUGAACCACUGCGUCGGUCACAUCGAGAUGGGCCGGGCCAUUACAGGCGCCGAUCACCCCGUGGUGCUGUACGUGUCCGGAGGCAACACGCAGGUGAUUGCGUAUGCUGAACAACGGUACCGCAUCUUUGGCGAGACGUUAGAUAUCGCGGUGGGGAAUUGCCUGGAUCGGUUCGCGCGGGCGCUCGAGAUCAGCAAUGAUCCAGCGCCGGGGUACAAUAUUGAACAAUUGGCUAAAACCGGGGGGCGGGUGUUGCUGGACUUGCCGUAUGCCGUCAAGGGGAUGGAUUGUUCCUUCAGCGGGAUCCUGACGAGGGCCGAGGAGCUCGCGGCGCAGAUGAAGACUGGGGCAAAGGGGCCAGAUGGAGAACCGUUUACGGGAGGUGAUUUGUGCUUCAGUUUACAAGAGACGGUAUUUGCGAUGCUCGUAGAGAUCACGGAGCGGGCAAUGGCUCAUGUGGGCAGUAAUCAGGUGUUGGUUGUCGGUGGUGUCGGCUGUAAUGAGCGGUUGCAAGAAAUGAUGGGUCUCAUGGCGGCGGACCGCGGCGGGAGCGUUUACGCUACGGACGAACGGUUCUGCAUAGACAAUGGCAUUAUGAUUGCGCAUGCGGGGUUGUUGGCAUAUGAGACGGGGUUUAGGACGCCCAUUGAGGAUAGCACAUGUACCCAGCGGUUUAGAACAGACGAGGUCCUCGUAAAAUGGAGAAAAUAG